AACUCACUACAAUCACCAACAGUAGAGGCUGGGAAUAAAAUCAAAUCCUCAGUGAGAGAAACAUCUUGUUUCCGUCACAUUUGUUACAAACCUGGACCAGAAAUCUUUGAUCAUGCAAGUGGGAGUAAUUCAGAGAACUGCCUUGCUAGUGCUCUGCUGCUUGUUACUAUCAGCAUCAUCUUCCCCAGUCUACCCAGCACUGAAGUUUGGAAGACAUGCUGAUGCCAUCUUUACCAACAGCUACAGAAAAGUUCUUGGUCAAAUAUCUGCCAGAAAAUUUCUUCAAACUGUUAUGGGAAAAAGACUUGGACCAGAAACUGAAAGCAAUGUAAAGCGUCAGUCAAGUAUGUAUGGAAACACCUACAAGCAAGAUGUGGACAUGAAUGUCAUUGAGAGUGAACAAAGUUACAGAGACCCACAAAAAUUUAAGUUUGCAUUAAUUAUGCACUGAAUUAAAAUGUAAAGUGCAUAUACAUUAUGAAUAUUUAAAAGGGAACUAUUGCAUUUGCUGUAUUUCAUAUUGGAUAAUUAAAACUCACACAUGUUAUAAUCAGCCAAUGUUCAGAUGAUCUGCCACAGUGAAUACUGAAUUUCAAAUAUUUAAUAGGCUGUAUUUUGCAUCCGUACUUUAGAAAGAAUAUACAAGUGUUUAGUAGCCUUUAUGACCAUUUGCUAAGCUCCUGCUUUGAAAUGAUGCCAAUUCUAUUUGUAUAAGUUGUACCUUAUAAGCAUGUACAGUAUACAGAAAUGUGUACACCUCUGGCUGAGGACAGGUAGAAGGUAGCUUCUUAACUCAUUAUUUAAAAUAAUAUUUUCUAUUAUUUGGCAACUUUUUAUUAUUUUUUGUUUGUUAGUACAGUCUUACAAAUUAUUAAUCCAACAGAAAUCAAUAUGAAAGAACCCCUAUUAUGGGGUUUUGAAAAUGACCUUCCAUGCACUGUGUAAAGCAGCUCUAAGUGAAUAAAAACAUCCAGCUUAAAGAGGUUUAAAUCU